AGAUUGAGGCCAUUUAACAGGACCGCCGCUCGCCCUCGACACUGAUUGUCGAGAAUGAAGCCGCAGCGUAGUGGCUCUUGUGAGGGUUGGACCCGGAGAGAGUGGCGUCCGGUAAGACGCCUUGACAUUUGCAAUGUCAUCUGCGCACCUGCCUACGUCCUCGUGCCCCGAAUUGCUUGGCUCGAUGGGAAGCAGCCCCAUCAUGUACUUGCCGCACGCUCAGCUGCCGGACCCUGUGCGCGUUCGAGUCGGCGGCGGUUGUUUGGAGACGCCUGUGGUUCGAGUUUGGCGGCUCGCCAGACCAGACGCGAUCCCGGUCGGAACGAAGUUCAAUCCUUGGUCAGGAUUUUGGGCCAUUCCACCGAUGUGGGAGAUGCUGUAACGUAAGGAUACCUCGGUGUAUCCCACUCAAGGAGUGAGCUGUCCAACGGCUAUCAUCUGCUGAACACCGCGUCUGUCUUCAUGGGCGCAGGGGCAGUCUUGAAGACGUACAUGUUCAACCCCCGUCGAUGCGACCCAUCUUUCAGCGUCCAGGCCUCCAUUCUGUGGCGCGGGUGGUUUGCUGCGAUACCAUAUUCCGGUGCAUAGCGCCUCGCUGAACGGUAUGGCUUGGACAGGUGCCAUAUUCAAGGUGUUUCAUCUUGAGUCAUUUGUGCGCGAUGUAGCGCUGCGUGCGGCUGGACGGGUACAUUUAAAGAGGAGAGGAGAUGAGCGAUCCAGCACAAGUCCACCCUCAGGACACCCGCAACGUACCCUACUCUUUUCGAAACCCAGACUUUGCUCGUUAUGUCCCACUUCCUAAUCACUGGCGCUCGUGGUGGAUCCACACAAGGUGCUCUCGCCCCCAACCGCCUAGAGAUCAAUGACUUCAUCAAGAACGAAGAGAUGUUUUCUCUUUACAUCCAAGCGCUCGGCGUGAUGUCGAAAUCUACUCAGGAAGACUUGAUCUCAUUCUUCCAGAUCGGAGGCAUUCAUGGUUUGCCGUACAUUUCCUGGGACGGCGCCGGACAAGAUGACCCUGCCGAGCAGGCUGGCUACUGUACCCAUGGCUCGGUCCUGUUCCCAACAUGGCACCGGCCGUACGUCGCACUCUAUGAGCAAGUCUUGCACAAGCAUGCUCAGGACAUCGCCGCCACUUACACAGUCGACAAGGCCCGCUGGGAGAAGGCUGCUGCGGAUCUCCGCCAGCCGUUCUGGGACUGGGCGAGCAACUCCGUGCCGCCUGCCGAAGUUAUAUCUCUUGCGCGGGUCACUAUCACCACACCUGACGGGAAGCGCACUCAAGUCGACAACCCUCUCUUCCAAUACGCAUUCCAUCCCAUUGAACCUUCCUUCCCGGAGCCGUACAUCAAUUGGCAGACGACAUUCAGGCACCCAACCACCUUGGACGCGGAUGCUCAGGAUAAUGUUGCCGAGCUCAAGAGUACCCUCCGGUCUGCACAAACAGACAUCAGGUCAAAGACAUACAACCUCCUGACCCGUGUGCACACAUGGCCGGCGUUCAGCAACCACACCCGGGACGACGGCGGCAGCUCUAGCAACAGCCUGGAAGCUAUCCACGAUGGUAUUCAUGUCGACGUCGGAGGAGAUGGACACAUGGCCGACCCUGCCGUUGCAGGCUUCGAUCCCAUUUUCUUCUUGCAUCACGCCCAAGUCGAUCGACUUCUCUCUUUGUGGUCCGCAUUAAACCCUGGUGUUUGGGUCAACAAGUCCGUAGAGGAAGACGGGACAUUCACAAUCCCUGACGGCGCGACGGUGGACACAAACACACCUCUGACUCCCUUCUGGAGGGAGCAGAGCACCUUCUGGACAUCCGCAGAGUCCGUAGGAGUUGUUCCACAGAAACUCCAGUAUUCCUAUCCCGAGUUCAACGGCCUCGACUUGGGCAACCAAGACGCUGUCAAAGCUCAUAUCGCCCAGGUCGUCAAUCAGCUGUACGGGGGCGCUUCUCGUGGAAAGCGGGGCUUCCCCCCGGUCGUGAACUUUGCCGCGACGUCGCGGGAGAAAGAAGCCCCCGUUCAUAUUGAGUCCAUCGCAGCCGCAAAGCCCACAUCCUCUGUUCCCGUCGAGACCCCGAUCCCUCGCGCAAUCGCUGCGCAGGACGACGAAGACGAGACGCAAUUCACGACUGAGGCAAUCCCUUCGAUUUCCAUUGCAAGCAACUACUGGGAUUGGACAGCGCGCAUCCACGUCAAGAAGUAUGAAGUCGGCGGGAGCUUCAGUGUCCUGCUAUUCUUGGGUGCCGUUCCCGAGAGCCCAGCAGAGUGGCGCAAGAGCCCGCACUAUGUCGGGGCUCACCAGGCGUUCGUAAACAGCUCCCCUCAGCGGUGCGCGAACUGCCGUCGCCAGGGCGACCUUGUCAUCGAGGGCUUCGUGCACCUGAACGAGGCGAUUGCGAGGCUCUCGGGCUUGCAUUCAUUCGAUCCUAGCGUGGUCAAACCAUACUUGCAUCAGAAUCUCCACUGGCGCGUGCAGAAGGCGGGUGGAGCGGAGGUCCCGUUGAAUGACCUCCCGUCUCUUGAAGUCACUGUAUCGGCAACGAGGAUGUCUCACCGACCUAGCGAAGCCUUCCCUGUUCCCGAGGAGCCCGUCUACCAUCACGAUGUUACCCAUGGCCGCCAGGGAGGUGCGCGCACUGCUUAGUGAUUGAGCGGACUGUGUUCCGCUGUAUUGUCUGUGGACUUCAUGCCUAGGCAUAUUCAUGCAGGAUGAAUUGUACUAGUUAAUUGUAUUAUACUAUACAUCACUCACUCUGAAUGGACCACAAAUUUACGUGUGCUUCAU